AUGGUGGCAUCCGCGUCCGGCUACGGUACGCUGCGCCGUUUCCUGAGCGCGCCCGACGGCCAGAGCGCCGAGGGUACCGAACAAGUGGUCACCACGUCGGUCGCCGUCUCGGCGGGAACGAGCGCCAAGGUUGGCCCAGUAGACCGUGGCCGCAUCUCGGCCCCACGGCUCGUUGAACGCCCGCGAAAGGAGAGCGCCGUGCCUCACCCAACGAUCCAGAUAGCGACCGCUCGCACGUUUUGGCCAGCGCCGGCCGUCGGAGCGCGUCAGUUG